GAUCUUGUUCCGGCUCGCCAAAGAUGGCGGCCCCCAGAGCGGGAGCGUGAAAGUUGGUGAAAGACGCUGUCCACCCGCGCUGGAAUUGAAACUGUGGGGACUGUGCGCCAUGUCGCGACUGAUCGUGAAAAACCUCCCGAAUGGGAUGAAGGAGGAGCGUUUCAGGCAGCUCUUUGCCUCCUUUGGCACCCUGACGGACUGCAGCCUGAAGUUCACCAAAGAUGGCAAGUUCCGUAAGUUUGGCUUCAUUGGCUUCAAGUCGGAGGAAGAGGCCCGGAUGGCCCUGAACCAUUUCAACAAGAGUUUUAUCGACACAUCCCGGAUCACGGUGGAGUUCUGCAAGUCGUUUGGGGACCCAACAAAGCCCCGAGCCUGGAGCAGACACGCUCAGCAAAUAAACCAGGCUAAGAAUCCUUCAAAAGACAAAGACUCCGUCCCCACAGAACCCAAGAAAGAUGACAAGACGAAAAAGGUAUCAAGUGAACUGGAGAAGCUGAAGGAGGACACCGAGUUCCAGGAGUUCCUGUCCGUGCACCAGAAGCGGACGCAGACAGCCACAUGGGCCAAUGACGCCCUGGACGCCGAGCCCUCGAAAGGGAAGAGCAAGGCCGCCAGUGACUACCUGAACUUCGACUCCGACUCCGGGCAGGAGAGCGACGAGGAGGGUGCUGGCGAGGACCCAGAAGAGGAGGAGGGCCUCGAACCCAGGGCAGCCGUGCAGAGGGAGCUGUCGGACAUGGAUUACCUGAAAUCCAAGAUGGUGAAGUCCGAGGCGCCAUUGUCCUCGGAAGAGGAGGAGAGUGAAGACGAAGCUGUGAGCUGUGGGGACGGGAGUGGGGCCGAGGAGGAGGCCCCUGGCCCCACGCCCGCCCAUCAGGACAGAGGGAGGACGGGGGCCGGCCCGGAGCAGAGCGCCCCGUCCGGGAAUGAGACACCGGGGGCGGCCAAAGCUGAGGCAGACAAACCGGCAAACCAGAAGGAACCCACCACCCCCUACACUGUGAAGCUGCGGGGAGCCCCAUUCAGUGUCACGGAGAAGAACGUUAUGGAAUUCCUGGCGCCCCUGAGACCAGUGGCCAUUCGGAUAGUGAGAAAUGCUCACGGGAACAAAACAGGGUACAUCUUUGUGGACUUCAGCAGCGAAGAGGAAGUCAAGCAAGCUCUGAAAUGCAACAGGGAAUACAUGGGCGGGCGCUACAUUGAGGUAUUCAGGGAAAAAAACGUCCCUACGGCCAAGGGGCCCCUGAGGAGUAGUGCCAAGUCCUGGCAAGGCCGGACCCUCGGGGAGAACGAGGAGGAGGAGGAUGUGGCCGACUCCGGGAGGCUCUUCAUACGAAACCUGCCCUACACCAGCACCGAGGAGGACCUGGAGCAGCUCUUCUCCAAGUUCGGUCCUCUGUCUGAGCUUCAUUACCCCAUCGACAGCCUGACCAAGAAACCCAAGGGCUUUGCCUUUGUCACCUUCAUGUUCCCUGAGCACGCCGUGAGGGCCUACGCGGAAGUGGACGGGCAGGUGUUCCAGGGCAGAAUGCUCCACGUGUUACCAUCCACCAUCAAGAAGGAAGCCAGCGAGGAUGCGGACACCCCAGGAUCAUCGUCUUAUAAGAAGAAGAAAGAGUCUAAAGACAAAGCCAACAGCUCCAGCUCUCACAACUGGAACACGCUGUUCAUGGGCCCAAAUGCCGUGGCGGACGCCAUUGCACAGAAGUACAGCGCCACCAAGAGUCAAGUGUUUGACCAUGAGACCAAGGGCAGCGUGGCCGUGCGCGUGGCCCUGGGGGAGACCCAGCUUGUCCAGGAAGUGCGGCGCUUCCUCCUCGACAACGGGGUCAGUCUGGACUCCUUCAGCCAGGCGGCGGCCGAGCGUAGCAAGACCGUGAUCCUGGUUAAGAACCUCCCAGCGGGCACCGUGGCAGCCGAGCUGCAAGAGACCUUCGGCCGCUUCGGCAGCCUGGGCCGCGUGCUGUUGCCCGAGGGCGGCGUCACCGCCAUCGUGGAGUUCGUGGAGGCCCUGGAGGCCCGGAAGGCCUUCAGACAUCUGGCCUACUCCAAGUUUCACCACGCCCCCCUGUACCUGGAGUGGGCUCCAGUGGGCAUCUUCUCCAGCUCAGCCCCGCAGACGAAGGAACCCCAAGAUCCCCCAGCAGGACCUGCAGAAGAGGACAGGGCAGAACCAGAAACCUUGCCAGACAACGAGACCCCAGGAGGUGAAAAGCCAGCAGAGGGAGGAGCUGCGGACUGUCCAGAGAAGGUGGAAGAGGAGGAGGAGGAGGAGGAGGAGAGCCUCCCCGGAUGUACUCUGUUUAUUAAAAACCUCAACUUCAGCACGACGGAGGAGACCCUGAAGGGAGUGUUUUCCAAAGUGGGGACGGUGAAGAGCUGCUCUAUUUCCAAGAAGAAGAACAAAGCAGGAGCGAUGCUCUCCAUGGGAUUUGGAUUUGUGGAAUACAGGAAGCCAGAGCAAGCCAAGAAGGCUCUCAAGCAGCUCCAGGGUCACGUCGUGGACAGCCACAAGCUGGAAGUGAGGAUCUCUGAACGAGCCACCAAGCCAGCUCUGACAUCCGCUCGGAAGAAACAAGUUCCCAGAAAGCAGACAACGUCAAAGAUUCUGGUGCGCAACAUCCCGUUCCAGGCUGACAGCCGGGAGAUCCGUGAGCUCUUCAGCACCUUCGGGGAGCUGAAGACUGUCCGCUUGCCGAAGAAGAUGACCGGGACGGGCACACACAGAGGGUUCGGCUUCGUGGACUUCCUCACGAAGCAGGACGCAAAGAAAGCCUUCCAUGCGCUGUGUCACAGCACCCACCUGUACGGCCGGAGACUGGUCCUGGAGUGGGCUGACUCGGAGGUGAGCCUGCAGGCCCUGCGGCGGAAGACAGCCGAGCACUUCCACGAGCCCCCGAAGAAAAAGCGGUCUGUGGUGUUGGACGAGAUCCUGGAGCAUCUGGAAGACAGUGAAAACGACAGUGAGGAGCAAACCCUUCAGCUGCGAGCUGGCACCGAGAGGAUCCUUGGCUGAUGGCGCUCACCAGGGCCGGGGAGAGACGGCUUCCUUUUUCGGAGCAGAGGAGAGACUGCACCUUCCACUCUGCAUCCCUGGACAACCUCCAGCCUCCUCGGAUGCCAGGAGGAAGCCGGCCUCUCUCUGUCGGAGCAUCACAGCAACCUGCCCAUGCCGUGGAAUGAAUCUGGAACGUCAGCCCCAGGCAACCAGCGCUUAGGACCUGACCCACCACGGGAACAAAACUAUCUUCAAACCACGAGUGACAAGUGGCCCAUGGGCGAGAAAUCUGGCUCCUGUGCCUGCACGUCUUUCUUGUUAUUCCUUUUCUUUCUUCACCUUUUAUAUGUAUAUUGGGUUCUUAUUUCUAAACGCAAAAACAAGAUGCCGUUUGAACUGCGUCCCCAGAACAGCCCCCUGUGUGGGUAUUUAACUCGUUGACAACUCGGAGGGCGAGACCUGUGGCCGCAGCCAUGUUCUGGCUGUUGACCUUGCAGAGAUAAGCCCCUUCCCGCCACCUCCGCCCGCCCUCUCCAGCCCUCCUGCCUUCCCCCUAUUCAGGCAAACGAGGUUUUGCUUUUCAGCCCCAUUUCUGGUUACAUAUGUACAUGGCUGAUAAAAUAUUCCACUUCACCCCUUCUCCCCGUGGGACCUGCCGUCUUACGGGAAAAGGGUUUGUAUGACAGUGACCGCGACAGCCCCCGUGUGUCGCCUGGAAACAGCAGUGGGGGCCGGGAAGCUCUCUCUGGCUUGUCUUUAUUCAGAUUCCCUCUCCUGGUUCUGAGAAUGGCAUC